CAUAGCUCAAGGGUCGCGCGGUCUUCUCACAGCCUCCACCGGCGGCGGGGGCCGAGCGAGUGAAGGUAACGGAACAGGCGGCGCCAGCUCCAGGCCCCAACAGGUUACCGACCAAGCCCGAUAGCCGAGGCGAAAUGGUAAAGUCCGACGUCGGAGCACGCGGAGGAGAAAAUAAGACGUCGGCGCUUUCCAAACGAAGUAAGUUCCCCGCCAGGAAUCAGCGGACUCGUGACCAGUGCACGCACCUGAAAAAAGAUAGAAAAGUUGUCGUGGGCCAAGGCCGCGCGGGAUUUGUCAAGGCAGCUAGAGCGAGCAACUUCUUAAUUCCUGGCAUCCAAAGCCGCGCAUACACCCAUAAGGCCCAUGGUCGAUAGGGAUUACGAACCACCACGGACGGGGACAACAAUAAAAAUGGAUUAUAGUAUAAAUACAUGCCCAGAAAGCGGGCCCAUCAAGGGCCCGCUGCGCCGGGUAUAGGUUAACAACUAGACGGAUUGACUACUAAGAGACAGAAAGACAAAGGAAAAAAGUCGCCAAGUCUGCUCGCCAAGGCUGGGAAGGUGGCUCCCACUGUGUCAAGGAAGGGAAGGCUGGGGAGGUGACAUCCUCAACGGCUUCGUGAGGACUUGCAUGCCUGAAGGGUGGACCCUGGUGAGCAUCAUCAUUUCCAUGAGAAGGCCAAUGAUAUACAUCCCUGCGCGUGAAAGUCGAAGCCGUUGAGGAUGUCGAUGUCCGUGAGAAUGAUAGCCGUGAGGACUUGCAUGUCUGAAGGGUGGACCCUGGUGAGCGUCAUCAUAUCCAUGAGAAGGCCAAAGAUUUACAUCUCUGCGCGUGAAAGUCGAAGCCGUUGCGGGUGUCGAUGUCUGUGAGAAUGAUAGCCGUGAGGACUUGCAUGUCUGAAGGGUGGGCCCUGGUGAGCGUCAUCACAUCCAUGAGAAGGCCAAAGAUAUACACCCCUGUGUGUGGAAGUCGAAGCCGCUGGGGGUGUCGAUGUCUGUGAGAAUGAUAGCCGUGAGGACUUGCAUGCCUGAAGGGUGGACCGUGGUGAGCGUCAUCAUAUCCGUGAGAAGGCCAAAGAUAUACAUCUCUGUGUGUGAAAGUCGAAGCCGUUGAGGAUGUCGAUGUCUGUGAGAUUGAUAGCCGUGAGGACUUGCAUGUCUGAAGGGUGGACCCUGGUGAGCGUCAUCAUAUCCAUGAGAAGGCCAAAGAUGUACACCGCUGCGUGUGAAAGUCGAAGCCGUUGGGGAUGUCGAUGUCUGUGAGAAUGAUAGCCGUGGGGGCUUGCGUGGCUGAAGGGUGGACCCUGGUGAGCUGGUUAGAACUAGAAGUAUACUGGUUAACCAUCUCCAAGGGCUGCCGCGCGCUCUUGUGGUCGAUUGCUGUGUGCGGAAGGUAGUCGCGGAAUUGGCGAGGGGUUGGCUUUUCGUGAUGGGCCCCAAUAUUUUCACUAUAAAAUGGAUAGACUUUGCCAGCUUUGAACUCCCAGGCAGAAAAUCGCACCAGGUAGCUGGAGCGUUUUCCCACCUAAUGCGGAGAACUGAAACGACGGCAGGCGCCCGCAGCUCCCCCCCAGGGGAUGGCUGGGAGCUCGGGGUGGCUGCGUGGUUUGACCUCUCUGGGGACAUUUUCGGAAGGCUUCCAAAAUCUCCAAAGUUCGAGAAAUUUCGGCUUCUAUAUUUUGCCCGUAUAUUUUGCCAAAAAAAGACGCCCGCCAGGAGCAGACGGCUGAUUUUUUCGGCAAAAUAUUGGCAAAAUAUAGCACAAAAUAUAGCGGAAAAUAUAGCGCCCAAAAAUGCCGCCAAAAAGUGGCAACUUCUAGAGGGUGGAGCGACGCGCAAGUUUGCCCUUUUUGUCAGUCUAUAGGGGACACGCAAAGCCGCGCAUCCGCUGCCAGGUUUCGCGCUGGUUUGUAGGUGUCACGCAAACCCGCUCGAACAAGAAGCGGCCCAUCCUGAUCGGGGGGCUCGGCUGCAAAAUCUAGUCACUUUAUAGCGAAAACCUCGGGGCAAUUUCCGAAAAGCCGCCCCCUCGCCAACGCGGAAGGGGAGCGAGCUAACUUCUUUACAAAAACUUCAGGGAGGUCGUUCUGUUUUCUCUGUAUUUGAAUGACUUCCCUGAAGUUUUUGAAAGAAGGUAAAGGCGCUGGGCGAUAAAUAACAAGGGUAGCGGCUGGAAGUUCGUUGGGGCGAUUCGCUAGGGGUCGCGUAGUGUCCUGCUGCAGAUGUGGCUGGGUACGUGAGUAGCCUACAAACUAACAGCCGUGAACGCGUUAACAUGUUCGCGGUGCCUUUGAACUCGUACCGUAGCACUAGCAGCGCAAGGGCUUUAGAGAGCCUUGCGAGCCCUUGCGAAUCCCUUCAGGAGGGGUCUAAUAUUAGCCAAGGGCUAUUGCGGCUUUUCCUUAAGGAGCUUCCUUAAGGAGUUUUUUUCUCUUGAGGAAAGUUAUAAUAACUUUUUGUAAUAGAAAUUCCUUAAGGAAAAGGGUUUCCCUUAAGGAAGCCACUUAAAGGAGCCCUUUAAGGAUUUCGCACAUUAUUGCUAACCCUAUAAAUACUAAUAUAUAUAUAUGUUGUAAUCGACAACUUGAAGCAAGCAAGUCAAGUGGCUGACUGAAAUAAGGGAGGAGGCCUGAGGCUGUCCCUCCUUCAGGAUUCCCUCUCCUUCUAAGGGUCUCCUUAUAAAGCGCGCUGCGUUUGCCAUUAUAAAGCGCGCUGCUUUUCGCUUCGCCGCAUAAGCUGGCGCGAAGAUGGGCGCUUUAUCGUGAAGAUAUAAAGUAAAAAGUAGAGCCAUUCUAUAACUUUUUUUCUGGCAUGUAAAUCGGUGCUGCCUUAUGCUGCUUCGAAGUGCGCAAAAACGCACACUGUCGCGAGUCUGUAGCCGACACGCAAAAGCGAAAGCGUGCGCAGCUUGCGCGCGAGUAAUCCUCGAAAAAUGUAGGGGACACGCAACGGGGGCGCGCUCUGGAACGUAGUGGCUGCAAGGUGUGAAGCCUAGGCAACUGAUUGCCGAGAGUUUCUGAAAGUUUCCAAGAGUUCAACCCAUAGACAGACCUCCGACCAGUCAAAAGGCUGAAGCGCGUGGCGUGAUUCAUGCCGCGCGCCGCGGCUCUCUCUCUUUGUUUCUCUCUCGCUCUGUCAGUCUCUGCCGCCUGUCUUUCACACCGGGCCCAUCCUCACUCAAAGCGCUAAGCCCCCCUCGCUGCCCCUAGGCAUUGGCGCGCUGGCUCUUUUAUUUGUCAGCCUCUCGCUCUCUCUCUCUCUUCUCUCUCUCUUCUCUCUCUCUCGAACAAAUACUACAAACAACAGGCGAAAGGCCUGGCAGUAGAAUGCUAGCAAUGUCCAUCGACUGAGAUGCCGACCAACUGACUACACCACUAGAAUGAACACGCUGAAAAUCUAUCUUGCCACGCGCGUGCAAGUCAGGGAAAUCACUCGGGUACGGAGGUGACAUGGCUACCACUAGGAUGCGGAUGAAGGUGGUGGCCUCGACUAGGCUGCUGAUGAAGGUGGUGGCGAUAAUGAUAAUGAUGACGAUGAUGAUGGUGACCACGAUGAGAACGAGCAGGGGGCUGGGGGCUUUGGUGGUGUUCAUGAUUCUGGUGAAACGUUAUGGGGAUCUCUAUGCGUGGGAGGGACGAGGAACGGGGCGGAGCGAGUUGAUUGAAAUCAGAACCAAGCGCGAGGGCUCAGCUGGAUCGGGCUCCUCGUGCUGAUUUUUCGCAGCGCAGCGAUCUGGGUGGUCUUAUAGAUGCUCGCGCACAGCUAUCACGGUGCCAGUUUUAAUACUAAUACUGGUAUAUAUAAAAUCGCGUAGCCAUUUUUGCGUACUUUAGCGAAGUGCGCUAUGCUCGUCUAACAAACUCUUGAGAAGAGCUACAGGCCGCUUUUGAGGCAGUCGGCGUUUCGCAUAAGAUAAUGGCGAGACCCAUGCAGACUCGCUUCGGGAUGCGCUCCAAAU